AUGGUGCAAACUCAUAUAUUCCAUCCGAGAUAUCUCGAUGUCGUCAACAACGCACUGGUUUUCGAUUAUCCCUAUGGUAACGCCUCCUGCCAGGUGAUGGUGCUUCCCUAUGGUAGCCUUCAGCUAGACGCCCACACAAACAUCACCCUCCACCUACCCGCAUUCUAUCUCUACAACUGCACAUCCUACUCAGAAGAGGUUAUCAAUUACUACUACAAGCUUGGCCAGGAGUUGCUUCAGCAAUAUGCCUUUCUGACCACGGUGGACGUCAGCUGGGGUGGCGUGGACGCACUCUGCUACGCGCUCUCCAGCGUCGCGAUCAUUGCCUGGUUGUUGAUCAUUCUUAUGCUCAUAUCCUCGCAGGUUGUCAAGACCAAAACCAAAAACGACUACGUCUACAACGAGUACGCCCAGAACUUUGCGCGUGGCCAGGCGCGUGACCGUGACUACCGCGGAAACUAUCAACACUCGAAGUCCGCCUUCACCAACAAGACUCGCACCAGACGGUUGAUGCAGUUUUGCGUGCUCUUCUUUACCGCCCUUUUCACCGCCGUGUUCGUGAAGGUGACCGUAAACGUUGAGGCAUCAUAUAUGGCCGGCUACCAGGAUGUGAAGGAGUUCCACUUGGAGAUUCUUAGUUCGGUCUGGUUUUCUGUUCUCAGAGACGUCCUCUUUCAGCUCUUCAUAAAUCUCGCAUGGUUGAGCCUUCUUCUUGGGUUGAUUCGUCCGCGCUACCGCCGGCUCUUCUUUGGCAUCGCUUUGACGUACUGUCUAGUGCUUACCGUGCUUGGGUGUGUUACGAUCCUGACGGAAAUGAAAAAUAACUCCUUUAAACGGAACUACACCAAAUCAGAGUCUACCAGCAAGAUCAAACUAGCCUCUAUUGUACUCCGUGAGAUCUACUUCGUGGCUACAAGGGUUUUUUUUCUCGGGUACACCAUUCACAAGCGCAAGUAUGCCUACGUGAAGGCCACCUUCUUCUUGGCCUUCAUAUCGAUCCUGUUCUUUAUCAUAGCUUUCAUCCUUAGCGUGUUGGGUACUGAGUGCAUGUGGUUCCGCACCUGGUCAAUCAUGUGGGUCCCACUCAUGAAGGUACUUGGCCUUUACACCGUCGAUGUUUGGCUAACAAGAAUCGACUAUCUGGUUCGCAAAGAAGAGAGUGCCGGUGUGUUGGGCCGAAAAACCAAUCACCUGGAUUUGGAAUCACCGUCACAGCCUCCCUCCAAUCGACGUGGUGCCGGUUCCCGGACGUCGGGGACAAUAAAUAAUCUGUCGUUACCACAUCCCACUGGUCUCUUUACCAAGCUUAACGCCUUUAUUAUUUCAUUUGGAAGCCACGGCAGUGAAGGUAUGGGUAGAGACGAGGAGAUUCUACGGACCCCAAGCUCUUACCCUGUUGACCCACCUAUACACCUUGAUUCGAUCGUGUCCACCAAUAACGCAAUGCACGAGCACUAUGGAUUACCACUAAGGUCUGAGAAUUUGGAGGAUGGCUUGCCCUAUAUACCAUCCGAAUCUCCCAACUCUGAGGUAUUUGAGGUGUAUAUCCACUGA